GAUAAGCCACUUCUUCUUCUCCUCACACACACUCGUCUCCACACUUCCAUCACAAACUUGUGAAAAAAAUAUCAUAUAAUAAUAAUAACACAUUAUAUAUAAAUUAAAAAAUAUAAAUAUACAGUUAUAUAUCCUUCUAUUCCCACUUUGUCCAUUGAUUCAGAGAGACAUAGACACCUUAACACCACCAAUUAAUAAUGGCCAACGCCGGCGCCGCCGCCACGUCAUACUUCUUCGGCACACGCCUCACAACCUCAACCCCAUCUUCUGGAAGGUUCCACGCCCUCUUCAACCUCGGCACCAAGAAGGCACCACCAUCUCCACCACAGAAGAAGAAGGAGCCUGCGAAGCCGGCAAAGGCGGCGAAGCCAUUCUCCUCCGGUGACCGUCUCGUGUGGUUCCCGGGCGCACAGCCACCAGAAUGGCUCGAUGGAUCAAUGAUCGGAGACCGCGGAUUUGAUCCCUUUGGGUUCGCGAAACCCGCAGAGUACCUUCAGUUCGAUUUGGACUCGCUGGACCAAAACCUGGCGAAGAACGAGUAUGGACAAAUCAUCGGAACAAGGAUUGAGACCUCAGACGUGAAACCGACGCCAUUUCAGCCGUACUCGGAGGUUUUUGGAAUUCAGAGGUUCCGUGAGUGUGAACUUAUUCAUGGAAGGUGGGCCAUGCUUGGUGCUCUUGGUGCUUUGGCCGUUGAAGCCUUGACCGGUGUUGCGUGGCAAGAUGCUGGGAAGCUAUCAGAGCUAGUGGAAGGAUCAUCAUACUUGGGAUUACCACUUCCAUUCUCACUAACAACACUGAUAUGGAUUGAAGUGUUAGUGAUUGGAUACAUUGAGUUCCAAAGAAAUGCAGAGCUUGACCCAGAGAAAAGGCUAUACCCUGGAGGCAAGUUCUUUGACCCACUUGGAUUGGCAAAUGACCCUGAAGAGAAGGCAAGGCUUCAACUUGCUGAAAUCAAGCACUCUCGUUUGGCCAUGGUUGUCUUUCUCAUCUUUGCAAUUCAAGCUGCCACAACAGGGAAAGGACCCAUCAGUUUCAUUGCUACCUUCAACAAGUGAGAAACAAAUCACACGUAACUUUAGCUCCUCAUUAUUCAAUCUUAUUGUACAAUUUUUUGUUAAUUUCUUUUCUGUACACCAAGAAAUGAGAACUACUGCUAUGUAUAACUUUAAAACUGUGUUAAUGAUGUAUGUAUCUAUGUACUUUGUUGACUUUUGUAUUAAUACUAUAUAGAUUUAAUUUUAGUA